AUGGGAAUCAAAGUUUUUGGGCACCAAAUGCUACCCUGGUGUUUUCACUUGAUGACCAACCACAUCUCCUGUUUGCAAUUCCAACCCAAGCCAUCUCCGGUCGGGGGGACCAUCAAGCUCAUUAACUCGAACGGCCGUGUCAAGAUCUAUGACAGGCCCAUCCAUGUCUCGGACCUAAUGGUUGAGUUCCCAAAGCACAUGGUGUGCCGCUCCGAUUCCUUGUACAUAGGCAAGAAGAUCUCAGCUCUCUCCGAGGACGACCACCUCCGGUUGGGCCACACCUACUUUCUCCUCCCAAGACAUUACUUCCAAUCAGUCCUAUCCUUCGUCACAAUAGCCUCUUUUGCCUCUUCUUCCCAAACCCAAUCACAACCAGCUUCUUCAUUAUGCAAGAAUGCGUUCCUAAAAAAGGCAGCAGCAAACUGCCAACCAUUCCAUAUAGAGAAAUCUCCAUCUGGGUGCCUUAGAGUAAGGAUCUCAGAAGAGUUCAUAUCAAAAUUGAUGGAGGAAGGAAAGAUUAGCGAAGAGGAGGAGGAGGAGGAGGAAAACUGCUCAGGCAAGUCCAAGAGUAGAGUAUGCACAACGCCUCAGUUGCAGAAAGAUUACGUUCAGCUCGUUGGGUCACGACUGUGGAGGCCAAAACUGGAAACUAUAAGGGAGACUCGUGAGAAGAGGAAGCUCUCUUCUUUUGGUUUGAAGAGAAGAAAGAGAUCUCAAUCCAUUGUAGUGGCACAAAAGACUCAGAAGUCAAAACACCGCCUUCAUCAUCAUAUUUCAUCAUCAAUAUCGCAUGCGAAAACACUUUCGAAAGAUAAGAUGAUCAAAACUACAUGUAAAUCUGUAUAA